CGAAUCAAAUAAUGCUUCGAGUGGCCGUAGUGCGAGCCCAAGCGCGCUGUCGCCCGCCUCUCUAUUAUAUCCCAGUUUCGCUUUCCCUACACACUAGCACAGCAGAAGUAACAAAAAUGCCGUUAGCAGCCGUUCGUGCCGUCGCUCUUCCAAGCGAAAGCAAGUUGAGAUCGUCUUACAAAUCGGCGUAUUUUAUCGACGCCUAUGCUGUAACUAUUCCACCACAGAGUGGACAAUAUAAGCCGGAAACACUCGCUCGAGCUCUCUUUAGUGAGCCGCCCGCCUGGUUCUCACUGCUGAUGUGGAUUAGAGAUCGAGUUAUGUCGAUCUUUGGUGUAAAGAGCUCUACAGAGAUACAAGCAGCGGCAGAGACAAAAGGCAUCGAUACUAUUUCAAUAUUCCCUAUCAUCUCCCGCGCAGAAAACGAGAUUAUCAUGGGAGAGAACGACAGUCAUCUCGAUUUUCAGAUCUCUAUUUUAAUACGAGAAAAUCAGCUCAGUGCGGCAAGCAAGAGAGAUAACAUAAUAAAAAGUAAGGAGAUAGUCGCAAUGACGGUGGUUCAUUGUCAUGGAUUCUUUGGGAAGGCCUACAUCAUGAUAAUAAAGGCCUUCCAUACCAUGAUCGUCAAGUACAUGUUGGCGAGGGUACCAGAUAAGAUUACAGCAGAUGAUCAUUAGUUGAUGUAUAUAACAGCAGCAGUUCUUUGACAUGUAACAUUAUUAGAGUGGCAGGCACUAAACCUAAGCUAUACUAUAUUAAAAUAAAUAAUACAUCACCUCUCUUCCU